AAUACUAUUUUUCUCAAAUUUGAAGUAAAUUUUUAAAAAUCACCCAAAUUUACAAUGGAAAACAGUUAGAAAUCGGGUAACACACAUACAGAGUAGCUGGUUCCACCUGCACGCUCCUCGCCCUGCAGCAAAUGGUUCCGUUCUGCCUGAAGGACGCUAGAGUUCCCCGCCCAUCUCCACCUUUCAGGGCUGUGGCUGGAGAGGAGAACCCAGCCAGCAAGCCCACGCUGGUGCAGGGCGUUCAGGGCAACGGAGGCUGGACUUCCCUGCACCACCAGUUCGUGGCUGACAGCAAAGAUAAAGAACCUGAAGCUGUCUGCAUAGGGGAAUCCUUGGUCCAGCUACUGCACCAGUGUGAGGUCUGGCGGGAGCUCCUCUCUCCUCUGCACAAACUUAACUUUGCCCUUGGUGGUGCUGGCCCGCAGCACGUGCUGUGGCAGCUGGAGAGUGGGGAGGUGGAACACAGCGCGACUGUAGUGGUCUGGGCGGGGACAAACAACCACGGGCACACAGGAGAGCAGGUGGCUGUCAGCACCAAGGCCACUGUGCAACCGGUGAACCGGCAGCAGCCCCAAACCAAGGUCACGGUGCCGGGCCUGCUUCCCAAGGGCCAGCAACCUAAUCUACUUCAUGAGAAAAACCCACGGGUGAAUGAGCUGGUUGGUAGAGGGGCUGGCUGGCCACGGACCCGCUUCCUGAACACUGACGCUGGCUUUGUGCACGGAGAUGGUACCAUAAGCCACCAGGACACGCAGGAGUACCUGCACCUGAGCCAGCCGGGCUACACACUCAUCAGCCGGGCCCUGCACUCCCUGCUUCUGAGCCUGCGGGUGCAAGACCAGGGUCAGGAUGUCCCCUGCCAGAGCCCACACUCUCAGCACCCACUUUCCUGCAACAUUAAAUUAUUCUUCUUCAGCGAAAGAAAAGAGCUAGGGAGGGAAGGAGGAAGAAAGAAAUCUGGUACCUUUUCAUUUAACAAAUAUCCUAAUUCAUAGAUGCACAUUGAAUUUAAACUUUAAGUACACAGAAUGCCCA